GGCGCCCCCGCAUCCGGGUUCCGGGCUCUUGCUGUUGCUGGGCGGGCCCUGAUCUGGUUUAUGUGUUCUUCCUGUCUCACAUGGACUACUGCAGUACUAUGGCGACCCAGGAAAACACUCCAGGCAGCCAGUCAGAGGAGAGCAAUGUUUUGGACCUGCCAUCAACGAAUGACAUAAGAGAUUAUGUGCUGCAGAGACCUAGCCAGGAGCCCAACAGCGAGGCUUUCAGUUCUGUGGAAUUCCUUUCUUUUCCUUGCUCUUCUGAUGUGGAUCCAGAUACCAAGAGCCAAAAUACUGAACAAAAUGCCUCUUGGACCUUUGAGAACUUCUGUUUGGAUCCUUCUGUGAAAAGCGAAUUGGAAACCAAAGAGGAGGAUGAAGAACUUCGGAAAUCUCUGGAUAGAUUCUAUGAAACGUUUGGCCAUCCACAACCAGUCUCUAGAAAUUCACUCUCCGCAUCUGUCUGCCAGUGCCUGACUCAGAAAAUCACUGAACUAAGGGGCCAGGAGAGUCAAAAGUACACCCUUCGCUGUUUUCAGAUGGCUCGGGUCAUCUUCAACCGGGAUGGAUGCUCAGCCUUGCAGAGGCAUUCCAGAGACGUCCGCUUCUAUCCGCUUGGAGAAGGAAGUGCAUCUCUGGAUGAUGAAAAGCCAACCCCAGGACUUUCAAAAGAUGUUGUUCAUUUUCUCUUACAGAAGAAUGUGAUGAAAGACCCAUAAUUCAUGCCUGGUGGUGAGAGCAAGCUGUAUUGGAGGUGGAGUGCAGGUGGCACCCAGACCCCUACUGGUCACUUCCCAGCCAUGUGUGCCCAGCCCUCAGCCAAGUGCUUUGCAGUUAAAGGCUGGCCCCUGUGACCUGGUACUGGAGCCAGUUGGCCCAUAUGGAAAGCCAGCAGGGUCUGGGAUCUUGUGUCCCUGGCCGCCCACCUCUCACCUCCCUCCCGCUCAUGUUGGCUGAGGCCACUGACUAUCUGGAUUAGGAGCCAAAAGCCUAGCUUCCUUACCUCAAGGGAGGGCAUAAUCUGAGGCUUAAUUUCUACUCCAGCGCCUCCUUUGGAAGCAGGCUGAGGCUGGUACCUCACAUGAAAUCACACCCUUGCUGGACUUCAUCCCUUUCCCCAAGCUUCUAUGGGAUGAGUAUUUUGCAAUAUACCAAGCUCUGUGCUGAAUCAGGUAUAAAAAUUAAACUGAGCUGUAAAACUGAGACUAUGUGAUUGAGAACAUCUAUCCUAGGACAAUAUAAAGAUUUAGUACAUCAUAUCUUAAUCAUAUCUCAAUCAUACCCUUACAUCCUCUCCCAAGUCAGAAUUCUGUUUCAUAAUAUUAACUGGGUACAGAAGGAACAUCGGGACCAUCUAAAAUAAGAGCUAAAAUUCAGAGAUUUUAAAAAAGUCUUUGUCUCCAUCCAAUUGCAAAUAUGAAAGGUGAGAAGCAAACAAAUGCCACCCACCAAAGCAAGCGUAAGCACAGUUAUGGUAUGACACAUUGGCGCCUCGUCAAUCUGUGGUAGAAGAGGAUAAGAAAUCAUUUGCCCAGACGGAGUCCUUCUUCCUCUCCUUUUUGUCUUCAGCCUUCCUGCUCCCAGCCCCUUUGUCAUCCUCUAAACGGUUGGCCCUUCACCCUGUUCCGGCCUCUGACACCCUGUGCUCAGUCUGCAAACACUUGUCCAGAACAGGGCCUCCCUCAGCACUCUCCUGGCCCUGUCCUCUGAGGGAGCUCUGGAAAUAGCCAGUGAAGGCUUGUGCUGGCAGAUGCUCUGCUCUGCGGGUCAUGUCCUGAACCCCAUGUAGAGUUACAGCACCUGGCACCAGGCUCUCUGAAGCUGUAAUUGGACGCCUCAUACUAAUCCCUUUCUCAACAGUUCUUCAGACAAAUUACAUUGACAGAAGGGUUAGAUUGCUUGUUUGGGGGGACAACUAAAACUAGCAACUCUGUGCAAUGAGAUUUUGAGACACUUGAGGUGAAAUUUAAUUGCCGAAAGCUUUUCAGAGACGUAUUGUGCAAAUGGUAAGCCUUAACAUGUACAUUGAAAGUGAGCAGGCCAUCUUAAGAUGGUCUCUUGAGACCUAGGCAGAGACAGAAGCCUUUUAAAGGUUAGAAAUGACAUGCUCAGGCUUCCAGUUCUAGAGAGAUCAGAAGUAAGAAAUGGUGCUCCAAACUGAAAUGGAACGGCAUCCCUGGAAGGAAACCUAAUUGUCAGGAAAUGGGGAAUGAAUAGGUCUUUGAGAAAUGCUUGAGGAAACAAAGCUCCAGGUGUUCCUCUGACAAGCAGUCGUCUGCCUCUUUCCCAGGGGGCUUCCGUGCAACAGACCCCAGAUAAUCAUGAAACCAGUGGGACUGAACAUCGAAAAUCUACAGCUUAAAAAUUAUGCAUGCUAGCUUUAUUGUCUUGUAAUGCGAAUCAUUAAUAGACGUCCUUGAAGAAUGCUGUAGUUUUCAGUAUUUUUCAGUAACUGAAAUAUUUGCAAUUAGUCUCCAUGGCUACCAACAGAAGGAAACUGGAUUAUUUUAUACUGCUUUUAAAGGACAAAAAAAUAAAAAGCUGUUUGAAUCUCCCUGUGGAGAAGCAACUGCUUCUAUCUUGCAAAGAGAUUUUAGUAUCAGAAAUUUCAUAACCAUCCUUAGUAUCAGUGCUAAGGGGACUCAGCAAGAAGUGGACCACGAAAGCAGGGAAAUUGAAAGUCUAAAACUCAGAAUCACCUCAAGUGAAAAAAGAGUGUGGUGUGUGUUUACUUGUGUCCAAGUAAGUGUUUGUGACAGGUCAGUACAAGAUAUUUGUUUCCUGCACUCUCACUCCUUAAUUUGAUCUCUAUGAGGUUAAGAUAGCAUUUUCCAUUUAUCUCUUUGAACCUUUAAUAAAGACUAAGAGAUAAGGAUAUUGAGACUCAGGCCUUUGGCAUUAUUGUCUAAUUCUGCCUACAGAUAUAUUCACCAACAUCCUAUCAUUCCAUGAACAUGGUGACUGACCUAUAUUAUUAUCUGUGGCCCUUUACGAACUUACCAGGAUCUUUGUGAAGAUAGAUUUACUGGCAGGAACAUCAGAACUUUAAAGAAGAGAAC